UUGCAUUCCAGGGCCGUCUGGCAACUCUGUGCGCUAAAACGUGUGGCGUAUCGUGCGUAAAAUUUCCCAUUGCUUUUCGCAUGAUUUAAUCAAACAACGAAAGCCAAACCCUUCCACACACAGCUUCGUGAACUGAAACAAGAGAUCGCCAUGUCCGCUACCCAUAAGCAGCGGUAUAAAAAUGCCGCAUUGGACUCGACGGAAAUGCGUCGCCGUCGCGAGGAAGUUGGCAUCCAGUUGCGGAAAACCAAGCGUGAGCAGCAAUUGUUCAAGCGUCGCAAUGUGGUGCUGGAUCCAUCCCCUACCGGAAUGGAGAGUAGCAGCAGCAGUGAGCUGCAGAACACCGACAUGCAAAUUGCGGACAGUACCACUGGGCCGCAGGGAAUGGGCGCACAGUCAUCGGGCCAGGCAGAGGCUGGUGCCGGAACAGGACCACAACCAUCGAUUAUUAACCAGGAAAUGAUACAAAUGCUGUACAGCACAAAGGAGAGCGAUCAACUAGAGGCAACGCAGAAGUUUCGCAAGUUGUUGUCUCGCGAUCCAAAUCCGCCCAUCGAGGAGGUCAUUCAGCGAGGCAUAGUGCCCCAGUUUGUGACAUUUCUAAGAAACAACACCAAUGCCACUCUACAGUUUGAGGCCGCCUGGACACUGACAAACAUUGCGUCGGGUACAUCGCAUCAAACCAAGAUUGUCAUUGAGGCCGGGGCUGUGCCCAUAUUUAUAGAGCUGCUGUCCAGCCCCCAUGACGAUGUGCAGGAGCAGGCCGUCUGGGCCCUUGGCAACAUAGCUGGUGACUCGCCCUUAUGCCGCGACCAUCUGCUUAGCUCGGGCAUCAUGUUGCCACUGUUGCAAGUGUUGAGCUCUUCAGAGCGCAUCACCAUGAUUAGGAAUGCCGUGUGGACGCUCUCAAAUUUAUGUCGUGGCAAAAACCCGCCAGCGGACUUCACUAAAAUCGUACACGGUCUGCCCAUACUGGCUCGCCUGCUCGACUACUCCGAUGUGGAUGUACUCAGCGACACAUGCUGGGCCAUCAGCUAUCUAUCCGAUGGACCCAAUGAUAAAAUUCAGGCUGUCAUAGAUGCGGGCGUUUCUCGUCGUCUGGUCGAUCUGCUAUUGCAUCCGCAGCAGAAUGUCAGCACAGCUGCUUUGAGGGCUGUUGGUAAUAUUGUGACCGGUGAUGAUCAGCAAACACAAAUGAUAUUGAGCUACAAUGCGUUGCCCUGCAUUAGCCAGUUGCUCCACUCGACGACGGAGACGAUCAAGAAGGAAUCCUGCUGGACCAUAUCAAAUAUUGCCGCUGGCAAUCGGGAUCAAAUUCAGGCGAUUAUCAAUGCGAAUAUAUUCCCACAGUUGAUGAACAUUAUGCAGACGGCCGAGUUCAAGACGCGCAAAGAGGCCGCCUGGGCCAUCACCAAUGCAACCAGCAGCGGCACCUCAGAGCAGAUCCACUAUCUGGUGGAGGUCGGCUGUGUCCCGCCAAUGUGCGAUUUCCUCACUGUCAUCGAUUCCGAUAUUGUUCAGGUGGCGCUCAAUGCUCUGGAGAAUAUUCUUAAAGCGGGCGAAAAGUAUCAAGUUCGACCCAAUCCCUAUGCCAUGGCCAUCGAGGAGUGCGGAGGUUUGGACAAAAUCGAGUAUCUGCAGGCGCACGAGAAUCGUGACAUCUAUCACAAGUCGUUCUACAUUAUUGAACAGUACUUUGGAAACGAAGAGGAGGACACCCGAGUGGCACCCAUGGCGGGAAAUCAACAGUUUGAGUUCAAUCCACAGAAUAUGCCAGACAAUGGCUUUAAUUUUUAGUACCAGCAAAAGAUGAGACACAAACAGACAGCAAAAACGCGAUAGGAAGUUAGAUGAGAGGGGACAGCAGCAUAAGCAGCAGCAGCAGCAGUCAGCACAGGCAAGGCAGUCAGGCACAUGUCUAAGUGCAGUCACUACUAGCAUUUAAGUCAAGAAUUUGUGGUCCGUCUUCAGGUCGGCUCAUUUCAUUGGUUUGUUAAGAAUACUCUCUUCCCCCAUGAUAGUUUUGUUUUUGAUUAUGGUUUAUUAUUAAUUUGCAAGACGCAAUUUGGUCCAGGACCAACCAGAAAGUGUUAACCCCUAGACAGCUACGUAUUUUAUUAUACACCCCCAUACCCCCUACUGUAAAUGGACAUUAAUUCCUUCUCAAUUUGAGUUUGUAAAUACGUUGAGAGCCCUGACUUGGUGUUGUUAUAAAUACAUGCAUAUAAACAAGACGAACGAUAACGAUAACAUAACGCUGAUCGUCAACGAUAACGAUUAAUGAUUACGAUUAUAUGGUUUUUAUUUAAUUUAAA